AUUAUUUGUUGAUAAACAGAUUAAGUUAAAAUGUUACGUAGUAAAGUGUAAAACAAGACAGCCAAAACGCAAGAAACGCUUAUGGAAAUUGUUUAAUGGUGGCAAAUCAGUUUUCAUCCGCUGUUUCACUCGCUCCCUUCCUUUCCAUUAAAUGCAACAUCGCGGAUCCUAGAUGUCAUCAUUCCACCACUUUUGCGGAGUUUGAACCUUUCCUUUUAAGUGUUGUCAAGAUUCUCAUUACCAUCUCGUGAGCAAGCUGCUGUUGUUACUAUGUCAACUGAUAAAUUACCUCUUCACAAAACUGUUUCCUGGAAUUAAAGGAGGAAAAACCAAAGAUCAAUGGAAGAAUCAUGGGGGCAUGUUCUUCCCUCAGAUGUUCCUGAAUCUACAUCUUCUAAUAUUGGUGAAAGGCUUACUUCAAGUGCACAUGCCAAUCGUGGGUCUGGCUUUCCAGGUGUGAAGAAGAGAGGACUCAGCAGUCGUUCGUGGAUAAAGAUUGAUCAAGAUGGGAAUUCGAAGGUUUUGGAGCUUGAUAAAGCCAAAAUUAUGAGGCACUGUUCUUUGCCAUCCAGAGACCUAAGGCUUUUGGACCCUUUAUUUAUUUAUCCUUCAACAAUACUAGGAAGGGAGAAGGCUAUUGUGGUCAAUCUUGAGCAAAUAAGAUGUAUAAUCACAGCUGAGGAGGUUAUCUUGAUGAAUUCUUUGGAUAUAAAUGUUGUUCAAUACAAUUCUGAAUUAUGCAAGCGUCUUCAGACGAAAAAAGACCAAGCGGAUGACCUUCCGUUUGAAUUUAAGGCAUUGGAACUAGCAUUGGAACUAACUUGCAUGUCCCUUGAUGUAAAGGUGAGAGAACUGGAAAUGGAGAUAUACCCAGUGCUAGAUGAAUUAGCAUCAUCCAUUAAUACCCUUAACCUGGAACGUGUUCGUAGAUUGAAGGGUCAACUCCUUACAUUAACCCAGCGAGUUCAGAAGGUACGAGAUGAAUUAGAGCAUCUUAUGGAUGAUGACGGUGACAUGGCUGAGAUGUAUCUCACAGAGAAAAAACAAAGGUCAGAGGGUAACACCCCCAGCGAACUAAAUGCUCAAAAUAAUUUUUUCAGUGGGAUCAGAUUAGUUUCAAAAUCUGCUCCUGUUUCACCAAUAGCAUCGACCAAUGGAGCCCCGAGACUGCAAAGGGCAUUUAGCAGUAUUGUGACAAGCAAACAAGGAAGCUUAAGUAGUUCACAUGAUGGGGAAAAUAUUGAACAACUUGAAAUGUUACUUGAAGCAUACUUUGUUGUUAUUGAUCAUACACUCAGCAAGUUGUUAUCGCUGAAAGAGUACAUCGAUGAUACUGAAGAUCUGAUCAACAUUAAGUUGGGCAAUGUUCAAAACCAUCUGAUUCAAUUCGAGUUGCUUCUCACCGCAGCGACUUUUGUGGCCACAUUAUUUGCUGCUGUAGCAGGCGUCUUUGGAAUGAACUUUGUAGCUUCAGUUUUCGAUUACCCAUCUGCAUUUACUUGGGUUCUGGUUAUAACAGGUGCUGGAUGUGGGUUAUUGUACUGUUCAUUCUUGUUAUAUUUCAGGUACAAGAAAGUAUUCCCAUUGUAAGCCGGUGAGCUUGAAGAUGCUUAUUAUUAUUCUUUUAUCAAGUAGU